GUUGAGUUUUCCCACCCUCCACUUAUAACGGGCACAACUGGCAAGAAUGAGUGUCCAUCAGGCUGGAAAUAUUUGCCCACUUUAGCGCUGCCCGAUGGAUCACAUAAUUUCGCCGAUGAUACGGUAUUUUUUAACUUGCCUAGUCUGACUGAGCCUACGGAGAGCGUAUAUGGCGUUUCUUGUUACCGGCAAAUACCGAUUGAGAAAUUGACUAUACGCACCGCUGACAUGACACGCAGUACAGUGCAAAAAUCGAUUGUGAUCCUUGCGCGGCUACCCAUCUACGGCUAUAUAGAGGUGAAACUCGCUUUAAUCGCUGAUGCUUUCUUCGAGAAAGGUGACUUCUCAUGCACUGAAUUUCUAAUAAAGGCAUACCAGCAACUUAAUGCUUGCCUGUUGGACGAUGAAACCCAACGACCGUUACGCAAUUUUCAUGUAGGAUUAUCGCUGCGCGAGAUCGUCCUGCACUGGCGUCACAAAAUGCUCAUACUUUUUAAAUUGUUUCUCUUGCAAAGACGUGUUGUGUGUUUUGGUUCACCGGUACGAGGUAUGUGUGUACUGCUGUUAGGCAUUGCUUCUCUUAUACCACGUCUGUUGGAAAAAGGCUUCCAAGAAGUAGCAUGUGUGCGUACGUCGCGCCCACUAUCGCCAAUGCCCGACUUUACAGAUUCUAUACAAAAGGAAGCAGCUGAAUUGAAAGAACGUGAACAACCCAUAACUGUUUUGGCACAAAAUGUGCAAUCAGAGGAAGUAACUUCAAAAAUAUGCGAAAAUGUUUGUGAAGACGGUGUGGAAAAUGGUAUUGGUGUUGCAGUAGACGAUUGUACCUUGGUAUCGUCCGCGAUGUCGGCAGCGAGCCAAGCGGCUAGUGAUGACACAUCGACUGCCGCUUCAGCUUCGACCAACACAUCGUCGCAGUCAACAAAAGAGUUAAACCGGUUGGACUCAUUAGAAGGCGUUGGAGAGGUGGGAAACAAACGUUUUGUGCGCAGCGAUUCACUAACUCGCGAAGGAAGUGUAGAUACAUUGGCAUACCCACUCUGCACUUUGGCUUCAAUAAAUCCUGAUGAAUAUCGCGCACCCAUUACUAUCUUCGCCAGUGGUAACCUCUUUUUGCCAUAUCUCUCGUUGCCAU